AUGAGGAAACAAAUAGAAAAUAUUUAUUUUUUAAUCUCCUUCCUUUCUAAGAAAGCUUAUCUAUCUAUCUAUCUAUCUAUCUAUCUAUCUAUCUAUCUAUCUAUCCUUAGUUAUCUGUCUAUAUUUCCCUGUUCAUAUCUAUCUCAAUCUGUUCACUAUCUAUCUAUCUAUCUAUCUAUCUAUCUAUCUAUCUAUCUAUCUAUCUAUCUAUCUCAGUCUGUUUAUAGCUAUCUCAGUCUGUUCAUAUCUAUCCCAGUCUGUUUAUAUCUAUCUAUCUAUCUAUCUAUCUAUCUAUCUAUCUAUCUAUCUAUCUCAUCUGUUUCUAUCUAUCUAUCUAUCUAUCUAUCUAUCUAUCUAUCUAUCUAUCUAUCUAUUUGUUUCAUUUUUAUCUUUAAUCUGUGUCUUUUUCCAAUCACCCCACUCUUUAUCUCUCUUGCUUCUUUCUUUAUAUCGCCCCAAACUCAAUGGGCAUUCGCUAAGCCACUCCAACCCCAACAACCUGCUUCUCGUGUCAGGCGCGUUUACCAACUCACCAAAAUGAACGCCAUCUCCAACGUAAAUUGGGAAGAUGUCGACGAGAAAUUAGAAAGGGAAGCAAUUAUUAUUUGUCUUUCCACGUUUAAAAUAAAGAAAUCAUUUUUUUUUAUGUCGUCGACCAAAACUUUACAUGAAUUAUUUGACUCAAAUGUUUUUCAAUUUCUUCUUCUUUUCGUUUUUCAAUUUCUUCUUCUUUUCCUCUACCAAUUUCUUCUUCUUCUUCUUUGUUUUUUCUAUGAUACUUUUUUGCUUUUCUUAUUUAGUUUACCAAUUUCUUUUUAUUUCUACCCUGUUUUUUCUUCUUUGCUUAUUAUUUUCAUUUGCCAAUUUCUUCUUCUUCUUCUUCUUGUUAUUUCUUUCUAUCCAUCUCUCUUUCUCUCUCUUCUUCUUUUUCUUUUUCCGCUUCUCCUCCUUCGUUUCUUCUCUUUUUUAUCGAUUCUUUCUGUCUACUUCUUCACCAUUUGUACCAACUUGCCAUCACUCUCCCGCUUUUUUCUCCCUUCAUUUUACAUCAUCCUCGUAUCUUUCCUCUUUACAAUCUCUUCCUCCUUUCCUCAUGAACUCUAUAUUUCCUUUCCCUUUCUUUUCCUUAUACUACCCACUUCCUUUAAUCUUUUUCUCCCUCUUCCACCUCUUUCUACUCCUGUCCCUCUUUUUAUUUCUCCUCUUACUUCUCUUCCUUCUUUUACUUCUCUUCCACCUCUUCCUUCUCCUCUUGCUUCUCUUCCUCCUUUUACUUCUUUUCCACGUCUUCUUUCUCCUCUUCCUUCCUUUACUUCUCUUGCGCUUCUUCCUUCUCUCUCUUCUCUUCCUCAUUUUACUUUUCUCCCACGUCUCCCUUCCCUUCUUGCUUCUCUUGCUUCUCUUCCCUCUUUUUCUUAUCUUCCACCUCUUUCUUCUGUUUCACCUCCUCUUUACUCUCUAGCUUCUAUCCCACCUCUCCUUUCUUUUACUUCUCUUCUACCUUUUCCUUGUCCUUUUCUUUUUCUCCUCUUACUUCCUCUUCUCAAUAUUCACCUUCCUUUUAUCUUGUACUUCUACUCCCUCGUCCUCUUCUAUUUCAUCCUCCAUUUCCCCCUCUUCGUUUUCUCUUUUCCCCCCCUAUACUCCUCCUCUUACUUAUUCUCCACUUCACCUUCUCCGUCUUCCUCCUCCUUGCUAUUCUACUUUUGGAUUCUUUUUCUAUUUUCAAACUUCACCUUUCACCCACUCGCAAUUCAUUCAUUCUUUCUUUCUUUCUUUUUCCUUCCUCAAGAGGUAUUCUUUCUUUCUUUCUUUCUUUCUUUCUUUCUUUCUUUCUACACUGCUUUCUUUUUUUAUCUUUUUUUCUUUCUUUCCUUUACCAUUGAUUUUCUUUCCUUUUUUAUAUUUCCUCUUUCUUUCUUUCUUUCUUUCUUUCUUUUAUUUUCUCUUUCUUUCUUUCUUUUAUUUUCUCUUUCUUUCUUUCUUUCUUUUAUUUUUUCUUUUUUUCUUUCUUUCUUUCUUUUAUUUUCUCUUUUCUUCUUUCUUUCUUUCUUUCUUUCUUUCUUUUUUUUUUCUACUUUUCUUUUUCUUUUCCUUUCCCUGACCCGCUCCUCUUUCUUUCUUUCUUUCUUUCUUUCUUUCUUUCUUUCUUUCUUUCUUUACUGUUUUCUUUCUAUCCUUUUUCUAUUUUCUCUUUCUGUCUUUCUUUCUGUUUCUUUUUUUCUUUUACUGUUUUUUACCUUCUUUCUUUAUCCACCCGAUUGUUUUCGCGCGCUUUUGUUAUGUUCCGCCAUUUGCCCUGACCGAUCAACUUUUCUUCAUUACUUUUUCUCUUCGUAA